GCGGUGCCCGCGAAGCCCGGCACCCCGGCGGGCGGCGGCGCCGGCGAGCUGGCCAAGUACGGGCUGCCGGGGCUGGCGCAGCUCAAGAGCCGCGAGUCGUACGUGCUGUGCUACGACCCGCGCACCCGCGGCGCGCUCUGGGUGGUGGAGCAGCUGCGGCCCGAGCGGCUCCGCGGCGACGGCGACCGCCGCUCGUGCGACUUCCGCGAGGACGACUCGGUGCACGCGUACCACCGCGCCACCAACGCCGACUACCGCGGCAGCGGCUUCGACCGCGGCCAUCUCGCCGCCGCCGCCAACCACCGCUGGAGCCAGAAGGCCAUGGACGAUACCUUCUACCUGAGCAACGUCGCGCCCCAGGUGCCCCACCUCAACCAGAAUGCCUGGAACAACCUGGAAAAGUACAGCCGGAGCUUGACCCGCACCUACCAAAAUGUCUAUGUGUGCACAGGGCCCCUCUUCCUGCCCAGGACAGAGGCUGACGGGAAGUCCUACGUGAAGUACCAGGUCAUCGGGAAGAACCACGUGGCAGUGCCCACCCACUUCUUCAAGGUGCUGAUCCUGGAGGCAGCAGGCGGGCAGAUCGAACUCCGCUCCUACGUGAUGCCCAACGCCCCUGUGGAUGAGGCGACGCCGCUGGAGCGCUUCCUGGUGCCCAUCGAGAGCAUCGAGCGGGCCUCGGGGCUGCUCUUCGUGCCAAAUAUCCUGGCACGGGCAGGCAGCCUGAAGGCCAUCAGUGCGGGCACAAAGUGAAGGCCGUAGCCCUGCCAGACUGUGGGGGCGGGGCUGCAUUAAAGGUGGUGAUUUUCGGA